UGUUCUAUGAACCAAACUUGGACAUCUGAUCACUAUAUUCCACUACCCAGUAAGAACUGAUAAAGGUGCUAUAAUGUCUCACCUGGAUUCCAGAUCUUUCAUAAAGUAUUCUUAAUAUUGACUUCACGAGCUGAAGAGUCUUAUUACUUACUGGAUCUGAAAAUAUUGUUGCCACAGAACAGUGUACUACCAACUGAGAAUUCAGAGAGAACACUUCUGUAUAUGGCAAUGAAAAACUACAGUGCUAUCAGUGAGUUCAUUCUCCUUGGACUAUCUAUUGACCCCAAUAUUCAGGCCAUACUCUUUGUGCUGUUCUUUCUGAUUUAUCUCUUCACUCUGAUGGGAAAUUUCUUGAUGCUGCUGGUGAUUAGGGCUGAUUCUCACCUCCACAUGCCCAUGUACUUCUUUUUGAGACAACUGUCCUUCCUGGACCUCUGCCACUCAUCUGUCACAGUCCCCAAGAUGCUGGAGAAUCUACUUUCUGAAAGUAAAACCAUCUUUGUAGAGAGCUGCCUGGCUCAGGCCUUCUUUGUGUUUGCCACCGGGGGCACGGAGGCCUGUCUGCUGGCUGUGAUGGCCUAUGACCGCUAUGUAGCCAUCAGCUCCCCUCUGCUCUAUGGCCAGGUGAUGAGCAACCAGCUCUGUGUUGGGAUGGUGUGGGGUUCCUGGGGCCUGGCCUUUGUUGAUGCUCUCAUUAAUAUCCUCUUGGCUGUCAAUUUAGACUAUUGCGAGGACCAGACUCUUCCCCACUUCAGCUGUGAGCUGUCUUCUCUCUUCCCUCUGUCAUGUUCUGAUACCUCGACCAACUUCACACUCCUGCUGUGCUCCUCUGUCUUGCAUUUCUUUGGAACCUUCGUUAUGAUUGUUUUUUCCUAUGUUCGCAUUGUCUCCACCAUCCUGAGCAUCAGCUCCACCUCAGGCAGAAGCAAGGCCUUCUCUACUUGCUCUUCUCACCUCACUACUGUGAUCUUGUUCUAUGGCUCAGGUUUCCUCAGCUAUCUCUUGCCAACUUCAGGCUCCCGUCUGGCGAUGAUGCUCUCCUUGCAGUACAGCGUGGUCACUCCCAUGCUGAACCCCCUUGUCUACAGCCUGCAGAACAAAGAGGUGAAGGCAGCUAUGGGAAGAAUGUUCAGAAAAUAUUUUCAUUCUCUCAUGUAG